GCAGUGUUUCAGGCGACUCCAGUGGACACCUAAAGCGGGACUUACCGGUGUGUGUGAGUGAAAGGCAGAGAGAGAGAGAGGGGAGUGUGUGUGUGUGAGUGAGUGUGUGUGUGAGUGUGUGUGAGUGUAUGUGUGUAUGUGUGGAGCAGCUAAUACACUAACACGCAUUGAACGCUGGCGCACAACAUGGCGAUGGUUCGCCGGGAGACUGGCCGGCUCUCUCCAGACUAGCGCCGCCGCGCUGAGCUGCUCGGCUUUGGGAGAAGCUGCGAGCAGAAGGGCGCUUUCCUCUGAGCUCCACAGCGAGAGAAAAAAAGAAAAAAGAGCUCCACAUGGCGCUGAAUAGCUGCUGGGUCUUCUGUCUCCUCUCGCUGGGCUGCUGUGGACUAUCCUCGCAAGAGAAUCCUGUGUCUGUGGAGCUGAGCUGCGGGGCCGGUCCCGUCCAUGUGAUUCUGGAGCCUCCUGACCCUGUGCUACUGGACUGCCACCUGGGGGCCGCAGAGGCUCCGGUCAACGUCACCUGGCUGCGGGACGGGGCGGUGCUGAGUGAGAGCGAGGCCACUCAGCUCCUCCACAACGGCUCUCUGCUGGUCUUGCCCACCAGUAGAGAGGUGGAGGGCGCAUACAGCUGCCUCAGUGGCAGCUCUUUUGGGGCGCUGACCAGCCGCACGGUCACUCUGCAGCUGACCAGCCUUUCUCGUUUCCUGCAGGACCCUGAGCCUCAGGUUGUGCCUGCGAGUGGCACUGCCCGUUUUGAGUGCAAAGUAGAUGGCCUGCCAAUCCCCACCAUCACCUGGGAGAAAGACCAGGUGCCGCUGCCGGUACCCACAGAACCGGACGAAAUGUCAAGGUAUGUAACUCUCUUGAAUGGGGUCCUGCAGAUUUUAGGGGUCAGUAAGGAUGAUGAGGGUUUGUACCGCUGCCUGGCAUCUAACUCUGCUCGCAAACGCUACAGCCAAGAUGCUUCGCUCACGGUCACUCCAGGUCCUUCAGAGGAGAGUGAUGUGGUGAUUACAGCUCCACCGCAGGACUUGACAGUGGUGCUGGGUCAGCCAGCAGUGCUGGAGUGUAUGGCUCAGGGCCAGCCUAAACCCUUUGUGUCAUGGAGUAGACAGGAUGGGAAGCCCAUUGCGACAGAUGUGGUUGUCUUAGCAACCAACCUCGUAAUCCCAGACACACACACUCACCAUGCUGGAGUUUAUGUGUGUCGUGCCAACAAGCCCAAGACCCGCGAGUUCGUCUCUGCUUCUGCUGAGAUCCGUGUGCUGGCUCCUCCUGUAAUCCUGCAGCCUCCUGAGUCAAGGGCUCUCUCUCGUGCGAAUACAGCUCGGUUUGUGUGUAAUAGCUCAGGUGACCCUGCACCGGUUUUGCGCUGGCUGAAGAAUGGAGAGCCUGUGCAGUGGUCAGGUCGGGUCAAGACUCAGAGCCCUGGUGUUCUGCUCAUUAACCAGCUGGGUCUGGAAGAUGCUGGAUACUACCAGUGCAUCGCUUCCAACAGCCUGGGCACUGCCUGCGCCACCGCCAAGCUGUCAGUUAUCGUAAAACAGGGUCUGCCCAGCCCGCCGCGCCGCCUGCAGGCCGUGCCCCACUCCAGCACCUCUGCACUGCUCACCUGGGAGCCCCCUGAACACAACAGCGAUCAGGUCAUCGGCUUCUCCAUCCACUACCAGCGCGCCACAGGCUCUGAUAACAUGGAGUAUCAGUUUGCAGUCAACAACGACACAACAGAGUUCCAUGUGAAGGAGCUGCAACCUCACACUGCCUACACCUUUUACAUGGUGGCCUAUUCACCCAUGGGCGCCAGCCACCCGUCACAGUCUGUCACCGUGGAGAUGUUGGAGGAUGUGCCUAGUGCUCCACCACAGCUGUCUCUGCUCAGCACAUCCCCCAUUGAGAUUAGAGUGAUGUGGCUUCCCCUUUCCUCUCAGCUUAGCCGCGGAGCCAUCACACAUUACCGUAUCGACUACCGCACACUGGAGCACGCAGACGACGUGUAUUCGGUGGAGGUAGGAGGGAAUGAGACACAAGCGACCCUGAGAGAUAUGAAGCCCAACCACACUUACCAGCUACGCAUGGCCGCAGGAACACGAGCGGGAUUCGGACAACCGUCAGAGUGGGCCAUUCACCAUACACCCAACCUUACUCAGGUGCUCUUUGCUCCCACCGAACUCAAAGUGCGAGCAAAGAUGCAUUCCCUUCAUGUCACAUGGCAGCCGCCACCCAAUCACACGCAGAUCACCAGCUACAAACUGGCCUAUAAGGAGGUGGAUGGAGAGGAGCCGACCAAUGAGGAGAGUCCUGUGGAUGAUGCUCAUCAAAUCAGACUCCGAAAACGAGUGAGACAUUAUGAAAUCACAGGCCUUGCUCCAGAUCGACUGUAUGAAGUGAAGGUCUGGGCAUGUAAUAAACAGACGGAAGGCUAUCCCGCUGUAUGGAAGGGUCGGACAGAGAAAUUCACUGAUCGAGUGCGACCACCAGGCUACCUCCCCCCGCUGCCCCCCAGCAACGUGAAAGCUCGGGCCAACAGCUCAACCUCCAUCUGGCUGCACUGGGAAAAACCACCAUUCAGUAAUGUACGCAUCAUCACCUACACCAUCCGCUGCAGCCCUGCUGGCACACGCAAUGCCUCCCUCGUCUCUUACUACACCAGCACUUCUCAGGAGAUCCUGUUGGGGGCACUAAAGCCCUUCACCCGCUAUGAACUAGCUGUGCAGUCCAAUGGCAUCAACAUAGGCGGCCCCUUCAGUGGCACAGUGGAAGAGUCUACACUAGCGGACCGACCCUCAUCUCCCCCCACAGACCUGCAGCUGAGCGCUAUAAAUUCAUUCUCAGUGUUGGUGAGUUGGCGCCCUCCCUUGGAGCCCAAUGGAAUCAUUGUGAGCUACAGAAUGCUCUACAGUGGCAACCUCAGCCAGCCAGAUCACCUGUGGACCAACCUUAGCCAUGAUGGAUCUGUCACCAGCACUGAGGUUUUGGGUUUGAUGAGUGGAACACGGUACUAUUUUAAGAUGGGGGCGUGCACUGAGGUGGGUGUGGGGCCUUUUUCUCCCAUAAAGGAUGUGCACACACCCCCUAGAAAAAAUGAGCUGGACAUUCACGCAGUCAUUGGAAUCAUCGUUGGUGUGUGUCUUGGGCUUCUCUGCAUCCUACUCUGCAUGUGUGUUAGUUUCCGCAACGGAAAAAGCCGGGAGGCAUCUGGAGGUUUGGAGCCCAGUGUGUUAAGCUCCCAGUACCGCAGGGGUGGCCACGCUGUGUCCACUGCCGUGUCUGACUGCACUGACUGCCACGAACUGGAGACCCUGAUGCCUCCCUCAGCCCACGAUCCUGCUCUGCCCCUCACUGAACCCAAUGAACAGCAAAGUCUCAUGGGUAGUGUAGGAACUGGUGAUGACACAGCAGAGCCAAAGCCGACCUGGAACGGUUCGAUCAGCCGGGACUGGACGAACAGGAUCACCAGAUACAGAGACACGAUCACAGAAGACUCUCCUUUUCUCAUUAACGGGCCUCGGGGCGUCCCAGCCUCUGAGAACAGCAAGAGUGGUCAUGAGGAGCAUCUGCAUUCGCUGGGUUCUAAUCAAGUGGAGGCAGAAGUGAUAGUGCACUCAGAGCUGUCUGAGGCAGUGAAUGGAGUUCAGAGUGACACUGAUGUCUCUUUGGGGUCUCCUGGUUGUCUGGGCCUCAUUUAUGGAGAGGAGGCUCUGCCCCAGGCACCCACAACGAACCCUGCCCCUUCUCCCUCUGCCCCAGAGAACCGGCCUCCGUCUCCUCCCAUUUCCAACCACACUCAAGAGGUACUGUCCAAUUACAAUGGACCACUGGAGAGUGGUGGGCCUGCCCCGCUGACUGUGGGAGGGGCCAAACUUGAGGGGGUGGGGCUUACCAAUGGUUUCCAUUCCCCUGAGAGCCUGCAAUCUGGGCGGGAAAGCUUAGAGAAUGGAGAUCACAGACUCUGCUCCAAAAGGAAGGCUCUUUCUCAGCCUGGACUGCCCCCGUCCCCUCCAGCCUUCACCACGUCUGGCCUUGUCCAGUCUACCUCAGGUGCACACAGCUACUUGUGCCCCUAAGUUCAAAUGAAGGAAAUGAACCAUGUUCCCAGGAUUCAAGAAAGAAGGCAGAACAAUAGGGUGAAUUCAUGUGAAGGCAGGUGCCUCAAUAGCACCCCCUAAUGGUGGAUGCUUCAUUCUUUCCUGUGGGCCAAGUGUCCAUCUUUUGUCUGUUGCAACUUUGUUCUAUUGUUUUAUAUGUAUAUACAUACAAAAUAUUUUUUUAGCUCUAGAACCCAUGGGUAUGCGUUUUAUUGCAUAUCAGUGGCACUUUUUUUGGAAAGGGGUUUGUGUGCAUGGAUUGUAUGUAUUGAUUUGAUAUACAUAGUUACAUGCACACAUGACUUUAUAUAUACACUAUAUAUAAAUAUUGUAAAGUUGGAGUUUUCUUACUCUGAGUUGGAAGCAGAGGAUCUGUCAGUGUAAAGAGCAAGAGUGGAAUACACUGCAGAAUACUCUAGCAUUGCUCCAACCUAAUCACUGUCCACUGUGUCUGUAGCAUACGGUCAAUUGCCACAAUAAUUUUGCUGAAAUCAGUGGAAAAAUGGGACUUAACUUGUUUGCCUUUCCUUUUUGUAUGCAAGUGGCCUCUGUACUCUGACCCAUGAUCUGAAAAUUCAGUCCUGGUUUUACACCCUGUGAGGUGCACAAUGUAAGCUCAUUGCUAUCAGUGACAGUAUUUUUCAUUCUUAAUUUUAGUUAAUGUUUAGUUAUCACCAUUACUUUUCACACCAAGCUGAUAACAUCAAGUCUCACAUGCUUCUGAUAUUGUGAAAACACUGAAUGCAGAUGAAUUGGAUCAGUUAGACCGCUCAGAUUGAGCUCCCCUGUGCAAUAAAAGAAGCAACCAGAAUAAACGUCAGCAGCCACCAAGAACUCUGAAAAGUCAAAUGUUUUCUCCUGUCGAAAUUCUGUCUCUGUGUAGGUUAGUGCCCCCUCUGGCAGAAACAAAAAAUGACUUUGGUUGUUUUCUAAGUACCGGUAAAUUGUCCAUGGCAAUUGACCUUAUGAAACAGAUACCACAGAUAGAGAUUAGCUGGAAGGACUCUGGAGUAUUUCUUUAAUCUAACAAACUCAUCAGAGAUCAGUGCCUGAAAAGCAGCUGUAGACUUUCACUGAGAGAGCUCACAACCCUGCCACACUUUACAGCCUCCUGUUGUCUCAGGGUCAACACACACACACACACACAAACACACACACACACACACACACACAGAGUCCUGGAUUGCCUUGUGGGGCCAGAUGUGAUCUUAUCAUGAGAAUACACGUAUACAACAACUUGUUAAACUUUUGGUGCUGGGUGAAAUAAUCUGCAACAAACAAGAGUUUGUAAAACCCAACCCCAGAUUUCUCUAGGGCUUGCUCUUUUAAUGGCUAGGCUAAUUAAGAGAAACAGGCAAAAUAAAAGCUAGCUGGUGAAAUGCUGUUGUUAGCUGUCCCCAUAUUGUCCUUGAAGUGGUGCUUAUUUUUACAGUAUGUAAUAUGUUCUCUGUUCAUAUCAACAUAUCUUCAUGCUUAAUUGGAGUUUUUCAGGGACUUCUCAGUCAUACUAACCUUAUUGCAUCCAUGGGCUAAUGACUGGCGUGUUCCCAAUCUAAAAGUCCACAAAUUGACCUCAUGGCAUCUGGUUUCAGGUUUUGGGCCAGAAUUCUAUUGUUAGCAACAAGCUAUCCAGCUGACAUCACUGAUAUGACUUUGGCUUUUGAAGCAUUUACAUUAUCAAAACAGUGAACUAUAUAGUCAGUGUUAUAGAUUUAAGUUACUACUGCACCCAUAUGUUGACAGGUUUGAAGCAGUUACUAUUUAAAAGUAGAGACAUGGUCAUUUAUUACUGUUGAUGGUGCGAGCAGCCUUGUUGAUUUAAUGGUUUUAAGAACAUCAUCCUAACUUUCCAAGCAGGAAUUACCAGUUAAGGGGACGUUUUCCUUGAUUUUUUCUGGUCAGAGGUGGGAAAUUCUGAAAAACAAUUGUAAGACAUUCUUAAUUUCUUUGUUUGAAGAUUAUUUAUUUAUUUAUUUAUUUUGAACCCUUUGUUGUUGUUUUUUUGUUUUUUUGUCUGUCAUCUAAAUUACCAUUCUGGAGGUUUGCAGAACUUUUACAUAGCCCUUACAGGCUAUAGGAAUGGAUUUAAAAGCCCUUUACCCUUGUGGACUUUCCUGGUAAAGCGCAUGCUGUGUUUCUGGAAGUCCGAAGAAGAUCAGAGUUUUAGACUGGGCAUUGUUGUUCACUGUAAUGUUGACGAGCACACUGUUUGGCCCUUAGGUUGAGCUCUGUCUUCAUGAGGCAUUAGAUUGGCUUAGAAGUUUCAGUUCCCUCCCACAUUUAGCCCAACAUUUUUCAGGGAUGUCUCCAGACAUUCUUGUUACAAGAUCAUGCCUGGCUCCACGAGACUAGGCCCUGGACAGAUACACCAUACUCUAGAAAAUUUCUGUUUGAUCAUACACUGUUAGAGACUUUCUCUCUUUGUCACUAUUUACACAUUUUUUUCUUUUGUUUCUGUCUGACACACAUACAUAUAUAUAUACACACACACACACACACAUCAGUACAAAAACAUUCCCUGACAGGCGCAUUUCUAACCUCUGUGUAUUUAUAUACAUUACUACAUAAAAUACCAAUAAAAAUGUGACAAAAUGAAGAAACAGAAGGACUGCUGAAAAACAGAAAAAUGAAGGAAAGGCACACUGUACUUGUACUUUGGAGCUUUUUUUAAGUAUGAUUUGAUUUGCUGGAGGAUGUUUCUCUCCCAGCCACUACCUCAUUUCUUUAAAGGAUCCUUUUUUUCUUUCGUAAUUUAAUUGUCAUGAAUCACUUAUUAUUCAGAGGGCAACUUUUUGAACCUUGGAUAAUUCAAACGGUCUCGCAGAAGCCUGACCCCUCCUGUCUUCUGUGCAUUUAUAGGAAGGCCAGUGGGCAGCAGGAGAUGAUCUGGUACAUCAGUGCACCUCUUUAAGCACUGUUAAACGGAGCUUGUACCCACACGGCAGGCGUUAUUCUGAAAAACACCAGCCAUCAUCUCUUCAGAUAAAACAGUUUUGCAAUAUACUUCUUUAGAGAAGAGAUUUGUGGGCAACUCGGUCUUAACUCAGGCCUUUCCGUGGGCGUCCGUAAAUGUACCGUGCGAUGAUGGAGGUACAUUUUUUCAUCACCUUGUUUGUUUUCUAGAUCCUUCCCUCACUCGUCUUUUCUCAGGGAGCUCUGAGCUGGGAAGCUGUGCAGGGAAUCUGAGAAGAAAGCAGAUCUGUCUGUCAAACUCUAAAAUAGCCUUUUGUUUCUUCAGCCAUAAUUCAGUUUCCUCCCUUCUGCUGACUCAUCUGUCGCUGUGUAACUUCAGCGGUACAAUGUUCUUUUUCCUUCAGACACAAACACGUCUCUUUUGUAUUGCCGCUAAGAGCAGGAUUUCUUUCAGUUUCCUUUUUAUGCAUUUUAUACAGUUAUUUAAGCAUCUCUAUUUUCUUUUGAUAAAGAAAAUCCUAAUGUCUUACAUGUAAAUUGUUUUAUCAGAACAGAAAUGCUGAACUUCUUGCCAGACAUUUGACUCAGAGACGUUUGCCCUUUAUGCUGAUAUUUUGCUAGCUUGUUUGUUAUUGAAUAGUUAUGAAUUGCUGAUUGUAAUGUGUAUCAGCAAAAUGGGAAAGUUCAGCUCAGCUCUCUGGUAGAGUCAGGUUCCAACACGUUCAACCUGUUGUCUCUCACAUUGAUCCUGGUACGUAAUAACAUACCUUCUCAGAAGGGUUAGCUCGGUGCUACAGCUAGGCGAGGUGCUUUUCAGGACGGUCUCUAAAGCAUUCCAGUUUUUUCUAUUUUCAUCAGGGGCCUCUCAGGUUCUUCAUAAAGGAAACAAACUGAUUGUCUGCGUCACUGGUGUCAUGGUGUCCUCACAUCGCGUUCAAGCUUAACAGCUCGGCAUCUCAAAGUCAUGCCACGUCUUAGUAGUUCAGUUUUCUGAAGUGACCAAUCAGAAACUUGCCCUUGUUAUGUUAAUGAUGUAUUUCCAUGUAGAUUAUUUUCCACAUGUAAAGUUUCCUCUUUGGAUACAACAAAUUACGCUACAUGUAGAGAUUAUGCUGUGUAUUUGUUAUAUAAAUUAGCAUAUCGCUGUUGUUGGAAGAAAACUUUAUACCUCCAAAUUGGUCAUUUUACAGGAGAAGGAAAAAACAUGCUUUACUUUUAAUGUAAGUCAGUGGAACCAGAUGUUUUCCAAAGUCAUUUUGAAAAUUUCUUUUGGUGAAGUUUACAUACAAUGUAAUAGUACAAUGAAACAGGCAGUUUCAAAUUAUGUCAAAAACUGAAAAACGACAAAAAUGCAGAUACAAGGUUUUCUUCUGACAGCAGUGAUAUGCAUAGUUGCACCCAAAUUAAGCCUAGUUCUGGUCUCAAGAGUUUUUUAGGCCAAGACUAGGCUUAGUCUUGGGUUUGCCCCUGGAAUUCAACUGUUUAAUGAUGUUAUUUGCGUUCAUUGGCUUCUGUGGCUGUAGUGGUUGGUAUAGUGUAGUCGUUAACACCUCUGCCUUCUACACUGUAGACUGGGGUCAAUCCCCCACAGGGGGAAGCACCCUACACUACACCAAUAAGAGUCCUUGGGCAAGACUCCUAACACCACCUUCACCUACCUGUGUAAAGUGAUCAAACUGUAAGCUGCUCUGGAUAAGAGCAACUGCCAAAUGCCAUAAAUGUAAAUGUUAUUCAGAAUCGCAUUGGCUACAUGAUCUUUUAUUUUCACUUAAACUCAAUGAUGUUUGAAUGUAUUCUGAUACCUAUAGUAUGUGUGUGCUUAUAACGGCUGAUCUCCCAGACACUAAUUAAGCCCAGUCUUGGAAUAUAGAGGUUUAUAUGUGAUUCAGAGCAAAAGUGUAGGCAUACACUAUCAGUCUGGAAACUCACAACAAACUCACAGUUUAUUUAAGGUGGCCUGAUAAACGCAAUUGAUCUAUCCACAGAUGCAUCCUUUGUGAGGUUGGACAAGCUUUACAGAACAUUGGGGGAACCUUAUUCAAGCUAAUGAGAACAUUGUGCAGCUUUACAAGAUGUGCAUGUUUCAAAUCUUGAUCAAAUAUGUGUGAACGGUCUCUGUAAUAAAUCUUUUGGCUUUUAUUUGAUAUGCAAUCAGGCAAAUGGAAGCACGGUGGCAAAUUCAUUGUUGUUUCCAGCCUGCCUAGUUUCACUUAGCUAGUCCAGCUCUAUAGCACAGCAUUUUAAACUGGAAACUCAAUGUUAUGCAAUGUGAAGCCCAACCUAAACUCAAGUGGAACUUUUUUGUCCAUGUCCUGUAAAGCAUGUCUCACAAAAAUAACUACAUGAGAAGCCACCAAUUCAACUGUGCCAAAUUGUAAACCUAUAAAAUAGCUUCUAUGUACUCUGAACUGGGCUUAAAAUGCAUCUGAGAAAUCUCCCUGUUGUAUUAUUGAUACCCUUGUGAGUUUUAGCUCUGUCUGAAACAGCUAAGUCUAUGAAAGCAGAUCAUAGUGUUCAUCACAACCACUAUGUGAGGUUCAUUUCUUGGCCUUUUUUCUUAUUUUCUCUGGAAAAAACAAACAAUAUUUGCAUUUCUUUUGCUUAAAAGUUGACAUCUUUUUUCAAAGUGUUGAUCUUGCCUUUCAAACUUGGAUAUGCACAGAUUUCCAAUAAUGGCAUCUUCUCUCUUUAUAUAAGACUAUUAGUAGAAUACCUCAUGUGUUACUUGUUAAUUUAAAUGUAAUCAUAUUCUUAACAUGGCACAUAAAUGUAUGUUUAUGAAGGGUUAGUUCAGGCUUAGUAUCUGAUGACUGGGAGCCAUGCUUGUAGAUACAGAUCUUUAAAUAAACUUGGAAUUGUAUUUUUAAAGGUACCCUAAGUAGAACUUUCCAUGACAAUGGGACAAAAUAUUGAAGACUACUGCUGGUUGAAGGUUUGGUAACAAUUGACAAGAAGUGCGUUUGUAUGCUGGGCUGCCUUAAAUUAAUAGUUCGCCAAAAAUCUAAUUUAGAUAAUUGCUGAACAGCAAAAAAAAUGUUUGUUUUGCCUGGGCAUUUGAAUAGAUGACUAUAUGUAACAGUGUCAAAAACUAUAUAAGCAUGUCUAUUUCAGGAUUGUUAACAACUCUGAGAUCUGAGGCAAUGCAGAGAUUUCAGCAAGUUGCACUGUACUAAUUUGUGGUUGUCAUUAUUUGGUAGCCACACUGCAAACUAAUUAAGCAAAUUGUACAGCACACAUGCUUUCAUUGACCACAUUUAUGGUGAAGGGAUAAUUGUGUAAAUUUGAUUUUUCAUCUAACUGUGAAAGCCAGCAAUGAACCAAUUGUACUCAGUGCCGGUCAGUGCCAUACAGUACAGUACGGUUACAAACCUGUGGUCGUGCUCUUUGUCAUCAUUUCCACUGCCAAGUGAACUGUACAGUACCUAGUUACCAGUGCUGAAUUUGGUUGCCCAUUUGGUCAGGGUACCAGGCUCUUCUGACAGCAGUGAUCUGCAUAGUUGCACCCAAAUUAAGCCUAGUUCUGAUCUCGAGUGUUUUUUAGGCCAAGACUGGGCUUAGUCUUAUUCUUGCCCCUGUUUAAAGAUGCUUGUUUGCAUUCAUUGGCUUCUGUGGCUGUAGUGGUUGGUAUAGUGUAGUGAGUAACACCUCUGCCUUCUGCAUUGUACUGGUGUUCAGUCCCCCACAGGGGGAAGCACCCUACACUAUACCAAUAAGAGUCCUUGGGCAAGACUCCUAGCACUACCUUGACCUACCUGUGUAAAAUGAUCAAAGUCGCUCUGGAUAAGAGCGUCUGUCAAAUGCCAUAAAUGUAAAGGUUAAGAAUUGCAUUGGCCACAUGAUCUUUUAUUUUCACUUAAACUCAAAGAUGUUUGAAUGUAUUCUGAUAUCUACUUUGGUCAGGGUACCAUGCUGAACCGCAGUGGAACAAGACAUGGUGCAGACUAGUUGUAAUCCACACAGGAUCACCCCUUGUAUUUUCACUCACGUCAACCAUUACAUCUAAAAACCCUUCCAGCCAGGUUUGCUGUCUCACAUUUAUAACCAAAUGCAGAAUAAAAGGUAAAUCAGAACUGAGAGAACCCCACCUACUUUCAUAUGUACAAUGCAGAACAGGCAGGGUGAGGAUAUUUCUGGAUUUGGGCUAGUAAGCGUACUGUGACGUACUGCUUUAUCCAAUAGAAAAGCACCUUAAAUGUCUGCUAAAUUAGGGAACUUUGGCUUUCACAUGUGUCUAUACAAGAUUUGGAAUUAAGAUAGAAAUGGGCAACCUUGGCGAAAAAGCUCUUGAUAAUGCUUUAUUGGAGAAAUGUACUGUUGAGAAAGGGUCUCCUGCCAAGUCUUAAGGAUACAUUUGAAGGUACACGAGUGUGUACUCUCAACAUGUGUCUGUUUCUCAGGUGCCCUGCCUUUGCAUUGAAACUAGAGGAACUUUUCUGUCCAAACAAGACUUUGAAUCGUGACGUUGACUGAGAUGACUAAGACAAAGAGAAAUGACUAAUACUGAUGCACAGAUUCAGCUUUUAGGUUCAGAAAUAAGUGACCCUAAACUGCUGUCGCCCCUGGUGCUUUGUGGUGAACUACCAAUGGCUGGUGCCAUCACAGUAUGUACUUUAUUGUUUUUGUUUUUACUAUGGACAGUUUCCUAACUGUCCACCCUGGUGUGUUCCAUUUGGGUUCAAUGGGUGAAAAACCUGCAAAACUGGUGCUCCUGUGUGUUCAAGGCACACCACCUCAGGCCCUGUUUGCCCCUGGCAGCAACCUCUGUCUCGAGUGAUCUUAUCAUAACUGGACAGUGAGAUGUAUAGCUGUUUAUACCUGGCAUUUCCGUGUGUCUCGAAUGCUUCUCCAGUGACCAUGUGAUUGGAUUUUGUGACUGGGGUAUGGGUGCCACACACACAUCAGUCUCUUGCUGUAUUUCUGGUCUGUCAAAGGAGUCAUUUUGAUCUGGUGGUCAUUUAGGUCCAGCCUAAAUUCAUUAGAUUGGAUGGAGCUCGCAAAACUAGCAACGAAAGAACAUAUUUGUUGGCUGAGCUUGGAUAGGGCAGUCAACUCACUGUUUCACCAAUGCCAAUGUUUUAAAACCAAUCAAAAAUCAAGUGUUCAGAUGAUGCUUUGAAUGACUUAUGGACAGAACUUCCAGCAAUGCUAAUAACAUCGUAAUGUAAUACAAUUGUGGGCAUAAAUAAAAAUGUAAAUAAUCUUUGUUAUUGA